AUGCUCUCAUCACGUCUCCAGAAGAAGUCGCCGCUUUUUGCCGCCAAGCUCGAACAGAUGGCAAUAAGUCUCAGGCCUCUUGUCUCCUUAACACAAGGAGAAGCCCAUCCCGACUUUCCUUACACAUUGCUCAACUACUGGCUCCUGACUUCCAGUCAGCUGGAUGAUCUCGCCCACUUCUAUCAUCAGAGAACACCAUCGACUUGGACAUACAGAUAUCCUUGUCCUGUAACAUGGAGAACCGAUGCUACAUUGGAAGAGAAAAGGAGGCGUAUUGGCCGGUUCAUUGGCUUGAAAGGCUGCGACAGUCCAACCCCAAUUGGGCUGACCGAAGAGCAGGUACAGGAGGAAGUUCGAAAAGCGAGGGAGAAGAAUGAGGAGGAAGAGAUGUUUGCUAGGAAGAGAAGGGGCUACUAG